AACUUACCAUCAUCAUCGACCACCAACGUCCUCUACUCUAUUUCCUACUUCCAGGAUACCACGGUCUAUGACCAUUUACAACACCUUGAACGACCCUUCAACUUAACGCUUAUACGUUCUGCACAUUUAGCACAUUGGAACGGUGAUUACACGCCAUGGACUAUUUGCGGACAUUAGGUUCCGCUGCUGUUUCGUCACUGGUACAGAAAUCGGGAUUGACACUCCCGUUUUCUUUGGGUCCAAAGGUUGUGUCAUUCGAGGGAAAGUCUAUUUGGACUCUGUACGAUGCAACAAAGAGAGAAGAUGGUAGCACUGUAUCAGUCUUUGAAUUUGAUUCCAGCCUACCCAGAAAUCGGAACGCAAUGCCCCUUGCGAAGAAUACACUUCGAAAGUUACGCACCAUCCGGCAUCCCGAUGUCCUCAAGUUCUUGGAUGCUGUGGAGACGGAUAGCUCAAUAUGUAUCAUGACGGAGAGAGUCCGCCCAUUAGCUCCAGCUAUACAGGAACGGGCAUCGAAACCGGCUCAAGAGAAGGAAGACUGGCUAUUAUGGGGCCUGCAUCGAAUAUCGGUUGCACUAGCGUUCGUCAAUGACGCGUGUGCUUCAACACAUGGCAACGUUCGAAUCGAUUCAGUGUUCAUCUCUCCUUCUGGAGAGUGGAAAUUGGGAGGGUUUGAACUCCUUAGCAAUCCUAAAGACGAGGCAGCCGUCUUAUACACUAUGGGAAGUCUGCUGCCUGACUCAUCAACAUAUUCAUCACCAGAAGUCAGGAAGAAUGGCUGGUCAGUCCUCAAAGAAAACCCCAUUCCAGCCGCAGAUUCAUAUGCGCUCGGUCUUUUGAUUCAUUUCGCUUUUAAUCCUUCACAUCCACUUCCCGCCACAGCACAACCGCCUCAUCCGCCACCAACACCUGCAUCGCGAGGAUCAAUACCGACAUCCGUUUUCCCCGCAUACAAGAAGUUACUAAAUCCGAACCUCAAAGCUCGGUUGACACCGAAGAACUUUCUUGAACUGGGGAUGGCUGAAACCGCUGGCGAAGGAUCUGGUUUCUUUGCAACCAAUCGACUAGUCAAAGUCUGUGCAGGCUUAGAUAACUUCAAUCUUGGCAGCGAGUCGGAGAAAGCCAUUCUCCUUCGAACAUUGAAGGAAUCGGCGGCCUCGCUCCCACCCGAAUUUGCAUCUUAUCGUGUACUGCCAGCUCUCGCGUCUGCCCUCGAAUUCGGAGGUGCUUCAGCUGCGUCGAUCCUUCCUCUCAUUCUGCAAUUCGGCAAGAAUGUCCCACCUGAAGAUUAUUCGACAGUCAUCCUGGUCCAUCUAAUCAAGCUCUAUACUAGUCCAGAUCGUGGAACACGUAUGGCGCUUCUUGAUAGUUUGCCGGAGUAUGCAGACAAGUUAGACAAGAAGACUGUUACGGACAAGAUCUGGCCUAAUCUGCAAACAGGCUUUACAGACACCGUUCCCAUCAUUCGUGAAGCUACCGUGAAGUCUAUUAUCCUCCUUUCAGACAAGUUCAACGAAAGAAUCUUGAACAAUGACCUUCUACGACACCUUGCUCGAAUGCAAGCAGACCCCGAAGCAUCGAUACGAACGAAUACAUGUAUUCUCAUUGGCCGUCUAGGACCCACACUUGGAUACAACGCCAAACGCAAAGUGCUCGUACCUGCAUUUGCUAAAGCCUUGAAGGACCCUUUCGUUCAUUGCCGAGUUGCUUCACUCAUGGCCUUGAUGGCUACAAUAGACUGCUUCGAGCACGAAGAUCUGGCGAGCAAAGUUAUACCCAAUAUGUCUUUUGCUCUGGUCGAUAAGGAGAAGCUUGUGAGGGACCAGGCAUUCAAGGCGAUACAGCUCUUUAUCAAGAAGCUCGAGGACUAUGCUACUACCCUACCCGACACUGCUGCCAAUGAACCAGAGAUGCCAGGUUUCGGUCUUCCACCGACGACUCAGGGUCAGAAUACUUUGGUUAGUUCUGCCGCAGGCGCUGCUGGUGCACUUGCAGGAUGGGCUAUCACAUCAAUUGGCAAGAAACUCGCGGCAUCCGAUCUCCAGAGUACCAUGGGCACCGCUCCUAACGGUGCCGCGAUUAGCCGUCCAACUUCCGCACCUCCACCAUCAUCAACACUGUCGCCCAAUGGCGUACCAGCAGCGACUGCGACACUCACCAACCCUUUGCCCUCAGUUGUUUCUUCGUCGGACAAGCUUCCCACUGCUCGCUCGUUCAGCAAAACGAAAGGAAUGCACUUGGGUGGGAGCAAGUUAGCAUCGAGAUCGAGCAAUCUAAAUAAGCUUGCGGCAGAAUGGGCGGAGGAGGCCGCUGCCGAGGCCGAAGCUAAUCAGAGUAAUCCAUGGGGUAGUGACGAUCUUAUGGAUGUAAAUGCUGACGAGGACGAUUGGAGUGCAUUCGAGACCGCGCCAUCUGAGCAGCCUGCAGUUGUAGGGCUCGGAUUUACCCAUACAGGACCAAGCUUGUCAGUCCAGCCGGCGGAUGACGACUGGGGGGAUGCCUUUGCUACCGAUGCUAAUGACCAAGUACCAGGAGGUUGGGAAUCGUCUGCCCCUGCGCUAGUGGUGCAGCCGAAGCCCUCCGUCGCUGCCCCAAAACCUCAUGUUUUGUCAACACCACGCCCUACAUCUGCACAAUCUCUUUCAACCUCCGUUCCAAGUCGCGGUGUAUCACCGGCUCCGGCAACGCCUACAACCAGCACCUUGGGUAUGAGCAAGGAGGAGAAGGCAGCUGAGAUGGCGAGGCGAAAGGAGGAGAGAAAACAACGCAUUGCAGCCUUGAAGGAGCACAAGAAACAUGCGGGUGUGAAGGCAUGAUGGCCUUAGUUGUUAUUCGCGCAUUUCCUCCUAUAUUAUAUACGCGGACUCGGAUUGGGUAUAUAUGUUGUACAGCGUGGUUUUCACUCUGAGUUCACGAAGAGUCCUUCUCCGUCGAGGCUUGCAGGUCUUCUAUUGGAAUGCGGACUAAGCGUUCACCUGAAGAAGCUGUUGAACGCUGCU